AUGGGAAAUCGAUCGAGGAGAAGUCUGUGCGGCCAGAAGGCCAGGAAUUAUUUCAUGAGCACGCACUUCUGGGGACCGGUGUUCAACUGGAUGAUACCCAUAGCGGCCAUAUACGACACGCAAAAGCAUCCGAGAAUCAUUAGCGGCAAAAUGACUUUGGCACUGACUAUCUACUCUAUGGCGUUCAUGAGGUUCGCCAUGAAAGUACAGCCGCGGAAUUUAAUGCUGUUCGCGUGCCACUUUGUCAAUACCUGCGCACAGCUUGUACAGGGUUACAGGUACAUCGAAUACCAUUAUAUCUCGCAACAAGAGCCCACUGCCCAACAGGCACCUGCCUCUACGGAUAAGACGGAGUGA